GAGAGAAAGAAGGAAAGAAACCAACAAGGCAACGGUCGAAAAACAGUUCAAAGUUGCAAUGCUAAAUACGAAAAUGAGAAGGCAAGAAGAAGAAGAGGAGGAAGAAGAAGAGAAGAGGCUUAUUAUUAGUAACUGUAAAGUGAUAGAGUAUUUGCAGCCAUUAAUGUCGAAAGAGCUUCUCUUCAAGUUCCCAGACAACUCUGCCUACGACUUUGACUACACGCAGAGCUCAAUAUGGUCUCCUUUGGUGCCUCGAAUUCACAAUCCCAUGGAUUUUGAUUUGGUUACGCCGAGAAAGCUCACUUUUGGAAUUGGGUUUCAAUCAGAUAACAAUAAGAUCAACACAAGUGGGUCUAAGAAAGUCACGUCCAGCAUCAAGAAGAAUCUGACGAUGAAGAUGAAGAAGAAGAAGAAGAUGAUGAUGAAUAGAGUUAAGGCAUCUGAUUUCUCCCCAACUCCCAUUAAGGGAGCUUGUGGCCUGUUCACUGCCAAGGGAUGGGGUAAGCUGCUGAAAGCUGCCUCAAAGCAUUUCAAGAAAAAGAAGAAAGACCCUACAAGCCAUGUGAAGCUCUCCAACUACUUGACAGAUUUAGGCAAGUGAAGUGCAUCCUCCAAGUCAAUUUUAUUCAUUAUUUUAAUUUGUACUUUGUAUUAUAGAUUUAUAGGGAUGGCUAAUUCCCACUUGGCAAAAAUAAGAUCUAUUCUUUUUUUUUUUAAA